AUGCCGAAUCCGCCGCCGAAAGAGGACACCUGGGCUUUCCAGCCCAUCGGGGCGCCUUUUCCGCCGAGCCCUGUCAAGGUUUGUUUCGGAAAGUCACGAAGAACACGGAAUUAUGUUUUCAGUGCAUGGGUGAGCAAAACAUGUACGUGGCGCUGUGGUACAAGCACGGGAAGCCGAUCCACGGCCGCUCCUGGAACAACGGAGGAGUGGUCGAGUGCUCGUUCCCCUACAAACAGGCCGAGCUGACGACGAAGCAACAGCUCGAGGGCCAGAUCCAGGUGCUGCAGUACGUCGGAGACCACAACGUCCCAGGGCUUCUGGUACGAGUGGAUCAAGUACAAGGAUCGUCUGGAGAAGCUCGACGACAAGCACACGCUCGUCAAGUGCGGCGACUCCUUCCCCAUCUUCUGGAAGAGGCCUGAGGUUUUUUUUUGACUUUGACUUCCUAUUUUGUCUAGAAGGAUCGCUGCAAUUCACUGAGGCUAACACAACCGAUACUUCUAGGUUUUCUAGGUUGUAAGAGCUCGCAGGAGAAAAAAUUAUUUUACAAGAUUUUUGAGGUUAGGUCAAGUAAUUGAAAAAUUAAAGCUACCUUGCUUUUUGAAAAAAAGAUUAUUCCAGUUCAGUUUUGCUUAUGAUAGUUUAGGAUUAUCAGAAGGUGGGAGUUUUCUAGGCAUUUUUAUCAACUUUUUGAAGAGCGUCGCAAUUUUUUCUUCUAUUUUUUAAGCUAGGCUUAUCUAGCAAUAAUCCAAGAGAGACUUGCUAGAAGAUCAUUAGAUAGUUCAUUUUAAUUUUGACGAUUAGCCUUUCUGAGAAUUCAGGUCCUUCUAGUUUUCCUGUCUUGCCGGUCCAAAAACUUUGUCUGGGAUUUUUUUUAGUUGUGGUAUGCAAAUGCUACGCUAGUCAUACUGAAGACUCCCUAGCUAUCUUUUUUGUUUAGACUUUUUUAGCUUGAAGGAGUUUGGAGGAAAUUCCAGGGCAACCUGCUCGGCUACGUCGACAACAAGACUGAAAUCGCUCUGUUCUCCUCCAACGGCAAAGUUCAUGAGCGCAAGGGAGGCGACCUUCAGGACAUGUACAUCAUCACCCGCAACUGCGUCGGAGGCCCGCCAUUCUGCGAGUGUCCCAGCUGUCCCAAGCCGCCUCCUCCGCCUCCAGUCCCACCACCAGGACCGCCUCCUCCGCGUGUCAUGAUCGACGAAUGGGUCGACAUACGAGAGGGAGACGCCUGGCCGACUCGCUCUCUGGUCAGAGCUCUGGACAAGAGUCUGGACACUCUUCCCGGAGUCGCUGCCGACCAAUACGUCGCCCUCUGGUACAUGCAGGGAGAACCUGUCAUGGGACGCGUCUGGAACGAGAAUGGGAAGGUAUAAAUACAUCCUUGGGCUUCAGAAGAACAUUGGUUUCAGGUCGCGGCCAACUUCUCGUGGUUCAACAACGAGUACUGCAAGAACGUCGGAUCCAUCCAGCUUCUGGUCCACCUUUCGGAGCAUGUCCGUGGUUUCGACUACGGAUGGAUUCCGUUCGCGGAGGUUUGAUUUGUAUAAGAAGAAGACUAUUCACGACUUUUCAGGCGGCCAAGUUCGGAGAGAAGGUCUGGCAUCCGGUGCACGUCAACAACCACAAGGGCGACAUCUCCGUCGGAGUCGUCAACCUUCCCGGCGGCAAGCAGAUCCUCGCCAAGGUCGACGUCCGCAACGAGAAGACCGGCUAUGGUUACCAAGGAAAGGAGCACACGUCGGCCGGUCCCGCCUGCGCUUCCAAUACCAUCGUCCUUUGCCGCAAGCCCAAGCCCGGCUACAAGCUCGACGGAUAA